AUGUGCAACAAAUCGACGGAUGAAGAACGCACGCUGAGCCUAUUGCCGGACAAGCUCAAGGCUGAAAUCGCAAUUCACGUGCAUUUAGACACUUUGAAGCGAGUGGAGAUUUUCCAAAACACCGAGGCCGGUUUUUUGUGCGAACUGGUUCUUCGGUUACGACCAGUCCUCUUCUCUCCAGGCGACUAUAUUUGUCGAAAAGAUCUGCAUCGUUCUUUAUCAAACUUAAUAUCUAUCUAUCUAUCUAUCUAUCUAUCUAUCUAUAAUUUAUUUUAUUCUAUCUAUCUAUCUAUCUAUCUAUCUAUCUAUCUAUCUAUCUAUCUAUCUAUCCACGUUUUCCUAUGUCUAUCUCUCUCUCUUUCUCUCUCUACAUAUAUAUAUAUAUAUAUAUAUACAAACAAGUCUUAUCUAUCUAUCUAUCUAUCUAUCUAUCUAUCUAUCUAUACAAGUUUUCCAGUCUCUCUCUCUCUGUAUAUAUAUACAUAUAUACACAAGUCUUAUCUAUCCAUCUAUCUACACAAGUUUUUCUAUAUCUAA